ACCGGAAGUUGACUAUUCCACAGCAACAUGGACGAUACAUGAACUUCGUUUUUACUGUUGCAAGGGCAAGUUUGUGGUUUUAUGUUAAAAUGAUUUAUUUUUGGAAAAUCAGACCUUUACAAAAACCAGAGUAUUGACACAACUAUUCAAAGCAAUGAUUUCUGAAUCAGAACAUCCUCUCACUGGCUCGGACGUGAACAAAAAUUUAACCCUCCCCACUUCCAUAGAAGAUAGCAAACCACGGAUUGAAGGGAAAAUACCAAACGGUAAAAUCAACCACUUGAACGACGAAAAUGGACGCAUUGUGCGAAAUAUAUCUACAGAUCAAGAUAAUCAUAAGAUGGACUUAGUGGCUCAGUGCACAUGUGGCAGUGGUGUGCAGCAUUCAAACGAAGUGGAUAAUGAUGAUGAAAGUUCAGAGCACCUGCUUUGCGAGUCUGUGAGAAGAGUCCACAUUGAAUCGCAACUGGAAGAUGACAUUAAGGAAAUAGAUGGAAUAAGUUACACAGUAUAUGAAUCAGAAAAACAAAUGCCAGACAUUAUGAGGCUCAUAACCAAAGAUCUUUCUGAACCGUAUUCCAUUUACACAUACAGAUAUUUUAUCCACAAUUGGCCAAAGUUGUGCUUUUUGGCCAUGGAUAAAGAGAAGUGUGUGGGUGCCAUAGUUUGUAAAUUAGAUAUGCACAAGAAAAUGGUACGAAGAGGGUACAUAGCCAUGUUGGCUGUUGAUGCUGACUACAGAAGAAAGCAAAUAGGAUCACGUUUGGUUAUGAAGGCCAUUAAAGGAAUGAUUGCUGAUGACUGUGAUGAGGUAGUCCUUGAGACAGAAAUUACAAACAAGGCAGCGUUGAGGUUGUAUGAAAACCUUGGUUUUGUGAGAGACAAACGAUUGUUUAGGUAUUAUCUGAAUGGUGUGGAUGCUCUACGGUUAAAACUGUGGCUGAGGUGAAUCCUUAAUUUUAGCAGUGUUGCAGUGUGUACAACCGAAAACCAUCAUUCUUUCAACAAAAAAUCUUAAAAAAUCCAAACAAACUUUCGAAGAAGAUGGAUGUGAUUUCUUCACUGAUAUGUAACUGUCUUAUUUACAACCUAAAACAUGUAGUUUUAUUUACAACUUAAAACAUGUAGAAAAUUAUUACUUGUAUUACAGAUUGUUCUGUUGGAUUAUUAUGCGAGGUAUUUUGUUUGCACGGGUGAACACUCAUUGUAAUGUUACAGUUUGUGAGAUAUCAUGUCAUUGAAAAGUGAGUCCAAUAAACGAUGGGAUGGUUUUA